AUGCCCUUUGGAUUAUCAAAUGCACCUGCAACGUUUGAACGCCUAAUUGAAUUAGUUCUAAGAGGUAUGCAAUGGAAAAAAUGUCUUUGCUACUUAGAUGACAUAAUUGUUUUUGGUCCAGAUUUCGAAAGCACACUUGAAAAUUUGAAACAAGUUUUUGUUAGAUUUCGCGCUGCAAAUUUGAAACUUAAACCAAAGAAAUGCCAUCUUUUCAAGAAACAAGUUCAUUAUCUUGGCCAUAUUGUCUCUGAGGAAGGGAUAUCUUGUAACCCAGAUAAAAUUCAGUCAAUUAAAGGUUGGCCUGUACCCACAAACAAAUCUGAAGUGAAAAGUUUUCUUGGUUUGGCUUCAUAUUAUAGAAAAUUCAUUUCAGGUCAUGCAAAUUUAACAUUUCAUCUUAAUGAACUUACUCAGAAAAAGAAAAAGUUUAUUUGGACAGAAGAUUGUCAAGAAAGUUUUGAUAAGCUUAAAGAAAAACUAACUUCACCACCUGUCCUAGCUUUUCCGCAAGAAAAUGGCUUGUUCAUUCUGGAUACAGAUGGUUGCAAUACCAGUAUAGGUUGUGUAUUGUCACAAGAACAAAACGGUGAAGAAAAAGUGAUUUCAUAUGCAAGCAAAUCUCUCAGCAAAUCACAACAAAGAUAUUGUACAACCUUUAUAGAGUUGUUAGCAGUGGUAACUUUUGUCAAGUAUUUCAGACAUUACUUGUGGGGUCGAAAGUUCCUAAUAAGAACUGACCAUGCAUCCUUAAUAUGGCUAAAAAAUUUCAAAGAGCCAGAAGGAAUGUUAGCCCGUUGGUUAGCCGUACUUGAUACUUAUGAUUUUACAAUACAAUAUCGAAAGGGUAGUUUACACACAAACGCCGAUGCAUUAUCUAGAAUUCCCAUUAGGAAACGUACUUGCAAAAGAACCAACUGUCCAGAUUGUGGCCUUCAAAAUCCAAAUAUAGAUUGCAGUGUUCAAAGUUCAAAUACAUGUCAUAGAGUUCAAGUGAACCAAAAUUGUAUUGUUCCAAUUGAAAACUUAGCAAAAAGUGUUAAAAUUUCAGAUAAUAGUGUUCAAAAUAUGAACACGGUCUAUAGUGUUCACAAUUCAAGCACAGGUCAUUGUAUUAAGAAUAUUAACAAAGAUGCAAGUGUUCUGCAAGACAACACAGUUUUUAGUGUUCAAAAGGCACACACUAAAUAUGAAGAAAAUAACACUCAAUAUGAUGUUCAGUGUUCAGACACGGAGUUUGGACAAGAUUUACAAAACAUGUUUUGUAUAUUUGAGGCAAGCAAUGACACUCAGUUGUCUAGUACAGACAGUCAUAAAGAAAGCAACGGCUUUUCAUCCCAAUCAUCCAUUCAAAAGUUUACAUUUAAUGAUAAGAAUAGUGAAGUUCCAAUUCACACAUUAAAUGUAGAAAGUGAUGGCAAUGCUCAAAACCAAAGCCUAGCCGAAAAUCAAAUUCCGGUUAUGAACUCAAAUUGGAUAGGUCAAUGGUCAAAUAAGGAAUUGCUAGAGUUUCAAAAGCAGGAUCCUGACAUUAGAAUCAUUCUAGACUUUAAGCUUAAAUCCAAGGAUAAACCUUCAAAACAUAUAAUAGCACAAUAUAACACAAAUGUUAGAACCUUUUGGACUCUUUGGGAAUCUCUCAUUGUUAAAAACAAUUUGCUAUGGCGGGAACAUGAAAACCAAACUUUAAGAUUAGUGUUACCACAAAAACUAAGAACUGAUGUUUUUAACCACCUGCACACUAACAGAAUUGCAGGGCAUUUAGGUCGAGACAGAACUAUUGCUUCAAUAAAAAAAAGAUUCUAUUGGCCUAAUUUCACUAGUGACAUUAAACGUUGGGUUCAAUCUUGUGAUAUGUGUGCUAGAAGAAAACCAGGUCCAGGUUGUGGAAAAUCACAUAUACAGCAAGAAAUUUCAUAUCAGCCUCUUGACCGUAUAGCUCUCGACAUUCUGGGACCUUUGCCUUGUACUUCUGAUGGUAACCAGUAUAUUGUGGUCAUAAGUGACUAUUUUACAAAGUAUGUAGAAGAGACCAUACUGCUCUUACGGUAA